AAAGUAUUAAAGGCCGGGUACCAUCAUUUCUAUCUUCUUUUUCGUUUCCUUUGUCUUUUUAAACAAUUAUUCUCUAUUCUAACACUUAGCAUGGAGGGUGAAAUUGCUGCCUUAGUUAUAGAUAAUGGUUCUGGUAUGUGCAAAGCAGGCUUUGCAGGCGACGACGCUCCUCGAGCUGUGUUUCCUUCCAUUGUAGGUCGCCCUCGACAUCAGGGUGUUAUGGUCGGUAUGGGGCAAAAAGACUCUUAUAUUGGCGAUGAGGCACAAUCGAAGCGUGGUAUUUUAACUUUACGGUACCCUAUUGAGCAUGGUAUCGUUACCAAUUGGGAUGACAUGGAGAAAAUCUGGCAUCAUACAUUUUACAACGAACUACGCGUAGCGCCCGAAGAGCAUCCUGUGCUGCUAACUGAAGCACCGUUGAAUCCGAAAUCAAAUCGUGAAAAGAUGACUCAGAUCAUGUUUGAGACUUUCAAUACUCCCGCGUUCUAUGUUUCGAUCCAAGCUGUAUUAUCGCUCUAUGCUUCCGGACGAACAACUGGUUUAGUUCUAGAUUCAGGUGAUGGAGUCACUCAUACGGUACCCAUUUAUGAAGGAUACUCCCUACCUCAUGCAAUUUUUAGGCUAGACAUGGCUGGCCGCGAUAUCACUGAUUAUUUGGUACGAAUAUUAGCUGAAAGGGGUUACUCAUUUACUACAACGGCGGAAAGGGAGAUUGUUCGUGAUAUAAAGGAAAAAUUAUGCUAUGUAGCUCUUGACUUUGAACAGGAAAACUUAACGGCGGAACAGACUUCAUCUUUGGAGAAAGCAUACGAGUUACCUGACGGCCGUCACUGCACCGUUGGUAAUCAACGUUUCCGGGCUCCUGAAGCCCUAUUUCAACCAUCGCUGCUGGGUCUCGAGGGACCUGGCAUACACGAAACAAUCUACAAUUCCAUUAUGAGAUGUGAUGUGGAUAUUCGUAAGGAUUUAUACCCUAAUAUUGUAUUGUCGGGAGGCACGACCCUGUAUCCUGGACUGGCAGAUCGCGUACAAAAAGAAAUGGUACAUCUCGCCCCUUCCUCAAUGAAAGUCAAAAUUGUAGCACCCCCAGAAAGGAAGUAUUCGGUCUGGAUUGGUGGAUCCAUCUUAGCCUCUUUGUCAACGUUUCAACAAAUGUGGGUAUCGAAGGAAGAAUACGAUGAAUCUGGUCCUGCCAUUGUUCAUAGGAAAUGCUUUUAAUAAAGUGAAUGUCUUUUGUAAUAAACUACCUUAGUCAAGUCUGAAUACUCUAAAAUUCAUUUAAACCAGCUCCUCAACUUUGUUAAAAUACUACCUUUCUGGUUUUCUAUCAGUCCGUUCUUGCAAGGAAGAACAUAAUCAACCUAUGCUCUACUAUUGCCUUUCAUGACAAUAAUACGUCCAUUUGUGAAUAGAACUACUGUAUGUGACAGCUUAUCAUCGAUACACUAAAGGCAUGUUUAAUGUGAUCUUUGUUUGAAGAGUUGCUUAAAGUUCUUUUUUUUUUAUAUUAAUUUAGUGUACGCAAUUGAACCUCACCGC